AAACUAGUUCGAUCGCCACUACAAGCAUAUUGUAAAUAUUGUCGUGUCAAGUUUAUUUUGUUUGUCAGACUUCAGUUCUAAAUAUUCGUCUUCGAUUAGAAAAUAAUCUAUUUGUUCAAAAAUUAUACUUAUUUACAUACUAUAUCUAAUUUUAUUACAUUCCUUGAAUGAAAUAAUGAUCGUAAUGAAUUAAUUGACUUCAAUUGAAAUUGUACUACGAUGAUCUUCCGUCGAUGGCGAAAUAAAUUGUUUUUCAGUGUUUUUAUUAGAUUAUUUAUAGGAAUUAUUUUUAUUUAUAUCUAUUGUGAAUAUAUUAUUUAUUAUGUUACUCAAAUACAAUGCGGUUGGCCAAUGUUAACUAAUGGGCCUGGUGAAGGAAUUCAGCCGUUAUAUGCAAUGGUCCUGGCUGACCCGCAUUUGCUUGGAUCUCGUAAUGGACACUGGUUUGAUAAAUGGCGCCGAGAGUGGCAAAUGCACAGAUCAUUUCAAACUGCAUUAACUCUUCACAGACCUGAGGUUGUCUUUGUUUUAGGUGACCUAUUUGAUGAAGGCAAGUGGUGCCCUGAGAAAGAAUUUAAUGAAUAUGUAGAAAGAUUCCAUUCAUUGUUUAAAGUGCCAGAUGGAACAGCAAUGUAUGCUAUUGUUGGAAAUCAUGAUAUUGGUUUUCAUUACAGGAUAACCCCACAUUUGGCCAAGAGAUUUGAGAGCAAACUUAAUGCGCCACCAGUUCGUUUGGCGAGUGUCCGUGACAAUCACUUUGUUCUGAUCAAUUCGAUGGCCAUGGAAGGUGAUGGUUGCAACCUGUGCUCAAGGGCUGUUAGUGAGAUCGAUAGAAUUUCAGACAUCCUCAAAUGUAGCAGUGGAUCCACACUGUGUAAAGGCAAAACAAAAUUGAAGAAAUACAGCAGACCUAUUAUAAUGCAGCAUUAUCCACUGUACCGGGAAUCAGACAUCAUUUGUACAGAGCCUGAUGCAGCACCAUUGCCAGAAAGAAACAAUCUGUUUGAAGAACGUUGGGAUUGCCUCUCCAAAGAGUCUACUGAAUAUCUAGUUGAGAGUUUACAUCCGCGUGCUGCGUUUGGUGGCCACACUCACCACAGCUGCGUGGUUCGUCAUAGCUUCGUACCGACUUCUGAUCAUAAGAUAGAAUUUGUAGAGUAUACAGUACCAUCGUUCUCUUGGAGGAACAGAUUGGAUCCUAAGUACUAUUUGUUGACGGUUGUUCCCGAGGAGGUUAAGGUAUCAAAGUGCGGCAUGCCCCGCGAGUGGACGAUGCAGGUGACUGCCAUAUUGAUGGGUUUAGCAUUGCUUGUUUACUUAAGACAACAUUGCAUCGCCGCCAAUAGAAUCUAUAAUUAUAAACAAUUGUGAAUUAUACAUGUCACUUUCGUUUCAUAUUAUAUCACGUGUAAAUUUAUGGCUUACUUAUUAGCAUAUUUAUUGUACAAGUAAUAAUAUAUUAAUAGAAAAUAAAGUUUCUUAUUACAUAGGUACUAGAGUUCAUGAUUUCUCGAGCUUUUCAAUUUCUCGGGUCUCGAGAAUUCUCGAGGUUAAUUUCUCGGGUCUUCUCGGGUUGUCGAGAAAAUUACAUUUACUUACGUUUUCUCAUAUUAUUUGCUUCCAAUAACGUCAAAAAACUCAGUGGUUUCAUUUGAGAGGAAAACCACUGCAUUUUUUGUUAAAUAUUAAAUAUAAAAUUUAACUAUAAAAUUAAUUAUAAAACUUUUAUUGAGUAUAUUUAAAAACAUUAUACAUAUUAUGAAUAAGCAAAUUUUUUUUUUAAAUUCUGUUAUAUCCUCCUUACAUAUGAAAUUAGGGUUUUGUCGUACUGGUACACUUUGAUCUUAAAUAUCUCCUCUUUGGUUAGGAAUUCCAAUUUCAAAUUUAUACGGCUAUUCACUCAUGCAUUUGUUUUUCGAAAACCGUAAUCUAUAUGGCUUUUCCAUCUUUGGUUUUUUCUUUGGGUCACUCAGCUUACAAAAUGGAAAACUUAAAAUAUCGCGUCAUUUACAAGUACGAGUUCCGCCAUGGCACCAGUGCUACAGAAAUGCAUUUUU